AUGAACAUUGCUAUGAUUAAGCCUUUGCUUCCUAGAAGUCGGCGGCCUUUACCUCAUCCAGAAGACUGGAACGACCGUUUUACUCUCGCAAAAAUCCCUAACUAUGAUACAUCUUCUGGCACUCACAUAUCAUCUUUGAACCAGUCCAAGAGUAAUGUCAAAAACAUAAGGGUCAGCUCUCUGAAACCUCAAUCAAGCAGUGGCUCCACAAAAUCAAGGAACCUCACAAGAAGUUCAUCGAGAUCAAGCAGAAGACGUCCACAAGAACUUACAGAUAACCAAGUAGAAAUCUUAAAAGACGAACUGAGAAAUACAUGAAGAACUUUUCAAAUCCCAGAACAGCACCAAACUCUAUAUGAAAACAGAGUUUUUACUUUAUCAAAGCCAAAAAUAGCAGCAUUAGUGGCAAGAGAAAUUGAUUCAAUAGAAAAAUAAAUAAAAUGGGAUUCUGUUGAGAGAAAUUAGGUCUGCUAAUUUUCUCAUCCCAUGGGAUCUUAUUUAUGGAGUUUCAUUUUUACUGGAGAACUUCUGCAGAGCAGCAGCUGUUUAAGUCUGCCACAUAAGGCUCGAGGCAAGGUUCCUCAAUGAAUUAAAGAGGCGCAAGGCUUAUCAACUCAGCGCGCCAGAGGAAGGCGUCCUUAGGCAGAACACACUCAGGAGCUGAGCUAGGGUAAAACCAAUGCGCUGAGUGAGAAGCGCGAGUCAGGCUGAAGGCGGCAAGGUUUAGGACGGUCUAUCCAUUCUGACCAAAAAGUACUGUGAUGUCGCUAGUUUGGCUUAAGGUCUUUUUUUUGGGCUUUUGGCACUAGACACCUUAAAAUUUUAAAUAAUCGUAAUCGAUUAAUAGAAAAAAGUACGUCAAAUAUAUGUGAAAUUUUGAAUUUAAUAAGAGACAGGGAGUAUUUAUUGUCAAAAUUAAAAGAAGAAGCUGACAUGGUAGAGAAAAUCACCGAUAAAGUAGAGCUUGAAAUGGCAAAAUAUGAAUGUGCGGACUAUUUAAAAAAAUUAAGAGAAGUAACUCUCAAUACAGUUGAAAACAUUUGCAUAUGAAGAGAAUUUUUUAAAGACUUAACCUUAGAUUUUCAAUGAGAGUCUAAAGGGUAUUUAGAGAAAAUGCAGACUGAUACCUUAUUCUUAAAAGAAACUGUGCUUUCUAAAUAUUUCAAAUUCAAAUCAAAAUCUGAUCCUUUGCUUUUAUCAUUAGCUGAUAAGUCUUCAGGGUCUAUUAUUCAAAUAAUGAAUUUAAGUAAAAAAAAGAAACAAAAAAUGCCAAUUCCUAUCUCAUAUCAUUCCUAUACAAGGUAAUUCCUUCAUAUGAUGCCCACACCGUAAAGUUUUUUUUUUUUUUGGCUUUUUAUUUGGCAUAUUCUGUGCCAAAAGGUUCCUUCACACGACGACUAUUUCAUAACGACUAUUUUUUUUUUGGCCUAUUUUUUUUUGGCCUAUUUUUUUUUGGCCUAUUUUUUUUUUGGCCUAUUUUUUUUUUCACCUAUUUUUUUUUGGCCUAUUUUUUUUUUGGCCUAUUUUUUUUUUUCACCUAUUUUUUUUUGGCCUAUUUUUUUUUUUUCACCUAUUUUUUUUUUGGCCUAUUUUUUUUGGCCUAUUUUUUUUUUGGCCUAUUUUUUUUUGCCUUUUUUUUUUUGCCUAGCCUCAUUAAUGAAGCUGCUGAGAGGACUAAAACCUUAUUGAGAAACAGAGACUUUUCCUUACGCGAUUAAUAUUGAGGAAAUUAAGUGAAAAACUCCUAAUUAAAUCUAAAAUUCUCGAAAUUUUAAAAGCAAUGAAUUAGUAUUAAUUGAGUAAAAAAUCUGCUAAGGGUGCAUUUUUUUGUUGGUUAAAUCGUUUAAAACACAUUAAAAAUAAUAUUAAAACAAUUAGUAUGGAAUUAUGCCCAAAUAUUAGUAAAAAAUAGCUAAAAAAUUGUCAAAAAAAAAGGCCAAAAAAAAAUAGGUGAAAAAAAAAUAGGCCAAAAAAAAUAGGCCAAAAAAAAAUAGUCGUUAUGAAAUAGUCGUCGUGUGAAGAUACGGUGCCAAAAACAAUUGACUAAAUUGAUAAAAAUCACCUUGAGAAGUCAAUAUGGAAUUAUUUCCCAAUCAAAUAGACCAAAAAACGAUCAAAAAUAAUUAAGCAAAAAAAUGGGCCAAAAAAAUGAUGCCAAAAAAAUAGUAGUUGUGUAGCUUCGCAUAAGUUACGCUACAAGGUAUAAAAAAGCUGAAGAAGUAAUCAAAGCAAUUGGAACUGGAAAAGAAGAAAAAUCGAAGGGAAAUAAAAAAGAAAAUGGAUUGAGACCUGCAAAAUUAAUAGAAAAUGAGGAUGAAACACAAGAUCCAUUUGAAGAUAAAUCAAUGACAAAAGAAAACGUUAUUUUAUUGGAUGAAAAUGAAAUUAAACAGAUUUCCGAGGAGUUGGCAAGUGAAUUAAUUAAUACAGAAGCUUGAGAUAGCGCUCCUGGGAUAGUUAACGAAAGCUUGCAUGAUAUGAUUAACGCAAGUCUAAUGCUCUAUUCCAAUAUAAUUCUAGACAAAGUUGUAACGACAGUCUUGAUGCAGAUGAUUCCUGAAGUUUCUCGAGAAGCGUACAGAGAAAUCAAUGAUUCUGAGUACAUUGACAUAUGGAAUGGCAUUAUUUUAUAUGUGGUAGACCAAAGUGUAUUAGAAAUAUGCUCAGAUGAAGCUUUAGCAAUACUUUCAGAAAACAUUACUGAAAGUAUACCAAGUUUUUGCAAAAUUAUAUUAUUAAUUUGCUCAGAAUAAUAAAGAAAGCUUAACAUUAGAUUUAAUCUGAUGCGGCAUAUUAUAUCUUCUAUUAAAUUAGACUCCUACGUUAUUGAAGCUCUAUCUGAAGAAAAUUCUCAAAACAAAGAUAUUGUCCAAGACAUCCACAAGGAUCUUAUCAAUGAUUUUGUUACUCUUGAAUGGAUUGAAGAGCUUGCUGAAGAAGAGCUCGUUCAAUAUAAAAUUGAUGAAGUUCGCAAAGAAUUGCCUGUUCAUUUGCAGAGAGAAAUUUUUGUCAGGGAUAAAGAUAUCAUUUAUAAUAGGCUUGCAGAAAUAGUUUACUUUGGAAUUUUGAAUGACUUUGUAGGGAAUCUGUGGACUCCAGGCAUAAUUAUUUCGGCUGUAGAAGAAGAAAAAGGGAAUCAAGAGAUUGAUAUAAAUGAAAUUUUCGUGCUGAGAGAUCCAUCUGUAGUUAUUGAAGAAGUCAAAAAGUCACAAACUAAUAAAAUAAACUCUGUGUAUCAAAGAUAA